ACGCGUCCGAGCGGCCGACCCACGAGCAAUAAAUCGAGUUGUUCGUGAACGUACGAGAACAAGCCGCCCGAACACCAGGAUGUUUGAACUGAACUCAUAGUAAUAAGUGGACACAAGAGGGCGCGAAGUAACGGCGGGCGGUCUCGAUAUAUAUGUAUCCAAAAAGCAGAAACGAAAACAUCACGCAGAGAGAUGCCGACUUGAGUCAAGUCUAGUUCUCGUGAGAUUGCCUGAAACUCUGCAGCCCGAAAGAGAAAUUGAACGGAUCUUGAUGUGGCGAGUUAUUCAUCGUAUUUAAAGCUUGAAGAUGGCAACAAACGGUUUCAGGUUAGCUUUGGUACAGAUGGCUGUUUCUGCCAAUAAGAAAGACAACAUCACCAAGGCAGUCCGACUCAUCAGAGAAGCAGCCAGUGCUGGGGCUAAACUUGUGGCAUUGCCUGAGUGCUUCAACUGUCCCUACGGCACCUCUUACUUUGCCGACUACUCGGAGAAGGUGCCUGGCCCAUCCACAGAGGCCCUGUCCAAGGCCGCCGCUGAGAACAAGGUCUUCCUGAUUGGGGGAUCCAUACCGGAGGAAGAACAAGGCAAAUAUUACAAUUCUUGCUCUGUCUUUGACCCAGAAGGCAAAACCAUUGCUAAGUACAGAAAGCUGCACCUCUUUGACAUUGAUGUUCCCGGUCGCAUCACCUUCAAGGAGUCUGAUGUCCUCUCCCCAGGCAAUCAACUGGCAGUGAUUGACACACCCUACUGCAAGGUCGGCAUUGGCAUAUGCUACGAUAUUAGGUUUGCCGAGUUGGCCCAGAUCUACAACGGAAGAGGGUGUAAAUUGUUGGUGUACCCUGGUGCUUUUAACAUGACGACAGGCCCUGCCCACUGGGAGCUUUUGCAAAAAGGAAGGGCUUUGGAUAAUCAGCUGUACGUGGCCACUGUAUCACCGGCUCGGGAUGAGUCUGCCUCUUACAUAGCCUGGGGACACAGCACUGCCAUCAACCCCUGGGGUGAAGUUAUAGCUAAAGCGGACGCUGACGAGAAAAUUGUCUAUGCCGACAUUGACCCAGGUUACGUGGACGACGUCAGAGCCCAGAUUCCCAUUGGGUCACAGAGGAGGUCAGAUCUGUACGAGGUUAAAGGUUAAUCACUGCCAUCUCUUGCCAUUCUCCAAACCUCGGCUCUGUGUGGGGUGUCUGGGUUAGGAGCUCCAUUCAUUGUUUGAAGCCAGAGGUGAAGCGUUUCCCCAUUUAAAACUCGAUGGCACUAUAUUAGAGGUUGAAAACAGUUCUGUUGCCAGCGAGCAAAAAGUAGCCUAAUUAUAGACGACCAGUGUUUUCUCAAUCAUGGAAAAUUCUGAAAAGUCUCAAAAAAAGUUGUUGUGGAAGAUCAAGGAAAAGUGAUGGAAAAUUGGGAAAAAGCAGGGUGUCCUGGAGGCCUGUCUUGUCAGAGUCCUGUCAGAGGAAGAGAAGUCAUAGAUUUCGAGAUUUUGAUGGGACCCAGCCAACGCUGGAGUCAUGGCCCAAAGGUGGCCCAGGGAUGGCUGGACCAGGCUGAAAAGGUUGCCCCAAGCCCGGCUUGCCACAGCUGGCCCAACUCUAGCCAGCUUUGGGCCGACUGCUACCGGGACUGGGCUAGGUCGGUUAGUGCGCACCCGGGCCAGAUCUCGGCCAGAUGUGGUAUGUCAGUGGUGGCCCAGAGCUGGCAGCUGGUUGACCCAGAGCUGGUUCAUAUCAUUUCAGCUUAGUUACUUAUGAGUGCCAACGAUAUCUGUGAUGAGGCAACAGAAUUUGUAUAUGUUUGGACCCCUAACAUUCCUUGCAGAACUCUUAUGUCCGCCCAAUUCAAACACUAUUUCAGUAGCCAUUGAGUGCCUUUAAGUAACUUUGGUUUGUUCAGACACUGAGCCCAAGUCAUGAAAGGAAGACAAUUUGAGACCUAAAAUAAUGUAUACUCUGUAAAAUGACAACAUAAAUGUGGCACAAUUUUAGGUGGUGAUUCCUACGGUUUCUGGUUAUAUAGCUCCAUUUUGUGAAGGGUAAGGAGGUGAUUCCAUCCCCUUCCAUCUCUUUCUUAUCGUCUACUUAUGCCUGGACUUGCCCAGCCCUGACCCAAAGCUGGCACCAGCAUCUAUGGUAUAUGAAACGGUGCUAGCAGUGGGCCAUCAUGGUCCGCCAGGGCUGGCACAGCUGAGCCAACCCCUGCCGGAUCAUCCCAACUCUGGGCCAGGCUUGGGCUGACAGUUUGGUGUUUACUGGUGAACUCUGUAAGCUGAGGUUUAGGAAACAACUCUCAUGCAUAGGAUUACUUUUUUUUUUUUAAACUGAAAAUGACCAUUCCUAGCAAAAUCCAAUUGGCAAAAUUCCCAUUGGUUCCAACUGAUCGGUGCCAAAACACAAUUGGAAAAAUUCCAAUUGGUUCCAACUGGCAAUUUCAAUUGGUUAUUUUGGUAAGGGUUGUAACGAGGGAGGAGGGGGUGUACUGGGGUGCAUCCUCACCCCUUCCACUUGACUAAAGGUUCUGCUUUCGAGGCAAGAAAAGAUUUUGAGCUAUAGUAGAAUAUUUUGUGCCAAGAAAAAAAAAUUGCCACGGGCUUUGGUGUUUUUUGCCUUGGUCAACCCCUCUUCAGGAGUUUACUUGUAACAACCCCUAAAACAAUUGGUACAACCUCAUGAAUCUUGCUGUUUUUCAAAACCAAAAAGUAAAAGAUCUAUGCUUGGUCCACUUUGCAGCUCCCCCCACGACAAGUCCUUGUUACGGGCCACUAAUUGUAAACGUUGGUAAAACAUGCAAAGAGCCUGUGCAUUUGUGGCAAAUGGGGCGUUACUUGCCACAUGUGCAUCUAUCUUCAUCUUCGAAACUGAAACUGGGGAGAUUUUGCACUACCCUCCCCCCCCCACAAUUGUUGCAAUUAAGGGAUUUUAAGGCAGUGAACAAAGUGAUAAAUUGUGUCCGAGAAAUGUGUAUGAAAGGUUUCCAGUGUAUACCUGUGGAUUUAGGCGAGAUGUCUUCCUUUAAUAAUCAGAAGUCAUUGCAUCUUGCCAGUUUUGGACUAUUCAUUGUGUAGCUGUUCGAUCGUACAUUUGUUUGUGCAAUUCCUGGAAUUGAAAAGGAAACCCACAGUUCUGACAAUGAAAUCGGACCAACUGUACCCCGAUCUUUGCUGCAAAUGCAAUAAACCAUUGUCAAAUAAAUUUUCCAAAGAGGUCCAAAAUGCAAUAUCUGGAGAUUUUACCGACUCCCUUGAAAAUGAUCUAAAGUUUCAACAGCAGUGUACUAUCACCCUGUGGAACAGUAGAUAUAACCCCAACUAAUAAGUUUCAAGUACGUGUACAUUUGGUCAGUGUGUUCUAUAAAUUUCUGUUAGGUCUUUGGUUUUUCUAAUAAGGCCCACCAUUGCUGCAAAGUUUCUAUGUACAUGUACAAUGUAUGUGUCUCAUUGAGGUCACUUCAUAGGUUAUACAUAUUGUCAGAAGUAAUAAAUUCCGAAGUGAUUAAACUGUUUGUUCAUUUA